AGAGGAGGAGAGGACAGUCAGAGGCGACCCAGAGAACAGAUACGCGCAAGAAGGCAAAGCGUUCAGGAUUGAACACUUAAAUCGCGGUGAUUUCUUUUUUUCCACAAGGACUGCAAAGGUGUAUUCCUGUACUAACCCAGCGUCAGCACACCGUGAGGAAAGGCAAAAGUGAGGUUUUACGUUGCACUCCUCUCGCACCCGGCGCGUCUCGGUGUGCUGGAUGAGCGCAAAGUGUGAGCUUCAGGACCCGAGGAGAGGACAGAUCCGCUCCGUGUCCUCUGGACCUCCUGUCCAGGAACUCCGCUGAAGCUUUUUACAUGUCAACUAUUCCAGUCUGACUCUCUGCUUCACAAGUCUGGAAGAAGUCUGAAGCAUCCGCUGACGGAGAGAUCCGCAACCGACUGUGUGCUCAAUAUGUACCAGGGGCAUUUACAGGGGAAAGACUCUAGGGCUGCAGAUAAGACUGUUGCCAUGGUCCUGAAGGAGAUACCAAGUAAGGCGUCAUCAGAAGGGAAGCCCCUCCUCACAGUGACUACCAAGCUGGUGAGUGAGCAACAAGAGAGCCGUCCGCUUUUAAGCCCAUCCAUCGACGAUUUCCUCUGCGAGACCAAGUGUGAUGGGCUUUCCCGCGCAGUGACUUCCAACACAGCUGUUCUGUCUUCAACACUGGACCUGCUGGAUCUCAGUGAACCCGGCGAGAGGAGGAGCAGCAAGGACAAAAGGAGCCCUCUGUCGUCCCGGGUCAACAGCCAGAAGAACAGCCUACGCAGAAAGAAGAAGGAGACGGACGAGACGGAGCUGAUCCAGGUGGAAGUUGAACAGACAGAAGAAAUCAUGAGGACCCCAGAGAGAGUGUCACUAGACUCAGUUACCAUGUGUACACCGUUGGAUAAAUGGGAAGAGCUGAAUCCUCCCCCUGAGAGAAAUGGAAACAGGAAAUGGAAGAUGGAAAGGCGGCGUUCUUCUAAAAAUUCAUCCAAUGAAUUCCUAUGGUCCAUAGACUGUAAAACCCAAUUAGAGGCAUUGAACAAGAACUCCUUGGACGCAAACACCAAAGUGGAUCCUGAGUCUGCUCUAGCAUCUCAACUCAACAGGCAGUAUAUUAGUGGAAGACAUGCUCGCCUAACCAAGGAGCAGCGGUUGGGCAGCGCCCGCCUGUCCAGACAUCAGUCCCUGGAGGAGGAGUUUGAGCGAGCCAAGGCUGCUGUUGAGUCAGAUACCGAGUUCUGGGAUAAAAUGCAGGCCGAGUGGGAAGAGCUGGCUCGGAGGAACUGGCUGAGAAACGAGCAGGCGCAGAUUCCCUCCUCUGUCUCUCCACAUGAGAAGGGUUACUACUUCCACACAGAUAAUCCUUACAAAGACUUGCCUAACGCAUUUGAAGAGGGACAAAAGAAGUCUCGAGAGGGAGACUUGCAAAAUGCUGUGCUUAUGCUGGAAGGAGCCGUCCUGCAGGACCCUCAAGAUUCAGAGGCUUGGCAAGUGCUGGGUACCACGCAGGCAGAAAAUGAGAAUGAGCAAUCAGCGAUCGUCUCUCUCCAAAGGUGUUUGGAGCUCCACCCUAACAACCUCACAGCCCUCAUGGCUCUGGCAGUGAGCCUGACCAACACUGGUAUGCGCAACGAGGCCUGUGAGACUCUGCUCCGAUGGCUGCAGCACAGCCCGAAGUACAAGCACCUGCUGAAGUCCAAGACCCACCUGAUGGGAUCCCCUAACUCCCCACGCAAGGUGUCCACUGCCAACAACGUGGGAAAACACGAAAGCUCCCUACAAUCUGAGGCCAAAGAGCUCUUCCUGGAAGCAGUUCAGCAAAACUCUGAAAGCAUCGACCCAGAUUUGCAGACGGGCCUCGGGGUGCUCUACAACGUUAGCGGAGAGUUCAAGAAAGCUGUGGAUGCCUUCAACACAGCGCUGUCAGUGCGGCCUGAGGACUACUUGUUAUGGAACCGCCUGGGGGCCACGCUGGCAAACGGGGACCGGAGCGAGGAGGCGGUGGAGGCUUACACGAGGGCCCUAGAGCUGCAGCCGGGGUUUAUCAGGUCCCGCUACAACCUGGGAAUCAGCUGUAUUAACCUGGGGGCACAUCGAGAGGCGGCCAGAAACUUCCUGACGGCUUUGAGCCUUCAGAGGAAAAGUCGGAGUCGCCAGCAGUCCCACCAGGUGAUGUCUGGAAACAUCUGGGCUGCUCUGAGGAUAGCUUUAUCCAUGAUGGACCAGCCCGAACUCUUCCAGGCUGCGAAUAUUGGUGACCUGGAUCUUCUCAUGCGGGCCUUCAACCUUGACAUUUGAGGAAUGGGAAGUAGUGACAAUAGCAUCUCCUCCUUCACUUACUAGCCAAAAGCCCGAAGUGCACACGUCAGAUAUUGGAUCUGUAUUAGUGAGCGUGGUUUUUAUGCACGUCCAAACUAACUGCAGUCGUCAAAGUUGUCCAUUUUUUUGCCCAAGUUCUUCGAGAGCAGUUCUGCGGACAAGUUCUUUCAAGAGCUUGAAGUGACUGCUUUGUGGUGGAUUUGCACUGCAAUUUGUGAUUUCCCUGAAGAGCAGAAGGACGGGCAAAGAUUGUAAGAGCAAUGCCUUAGAGAACACAUCAAUUAAAACCGACUCAUCCAGUGGAACAGAGCUGAGCCAGGAGAGGCAGACAGACAUUUUGAGAAGCUCGCACAACCCUCACACGUGUUUGCAGAGAAAGGUGGAGGUUUUGAGAAAGAAAAAAAAAAAAGGUUUUGUUAUCCAAUUACUUUCAAAGACUCAAGUCUGUCUCAGCCUACUGAAGUAUGGAUGUAGUGAGCAAGUGAUAAAGGCUGCACCGUCUGACCUGGAGCUACACAUUCUGUUCUCAUCCUCUUUCAAUGGAGAAUAAUGAUAUUGCAUGAAUAAGCAUUUUCAUAAAUGGAUUCCUUGUUCAAAAUCAACAUACCUUUAGAAGUUUUCCCUUUGCAAUUUAGACUGAUUCCAGAUAACAACUUCCUCAACCCAAGUGAGGAUGUAAAGCCUUACUCAAAUGCAUGCGAACAACAAUAUUUAUGAUAUACUAUUUUUAUGGCAACACAAAAAGAGAAGCCAUUUUAGACUGGUUUUCAUUUCUUUAAAUAACUGCCAUCGUAUGCACUUGAAAGCUUUAUGAGCCGUUUGUUUUCGCUCGGUUGUAUUUUUUGUGUUUGAUUUGGCUCCUAGCUUCUCUUUGCUCCCUUUAAGCUGACUAGCUAGAGAAAUAUUAACAAACCCAGGGCAACAUUGGUCUGCAAAACCUUCCCUUUCAAAAAAUGUCAUAUGAACAAAUGUGUUUACAGGUCUUAAAAUAUCUCUUUAAUCUUCUGGUAUUGCUUAAGUAGCCCUCACAUGAGAUGUAAACAUCCCAUUUGAUUUAUACUGUACUAUAUAUAAUUAAAUAACAUGUAGUUGAUGUGAAGCUGCAAGCUAAGACCUUUGUAUGCUUUGGGUAUAUCAUAAAGCAGUCAUGUGUGUCUUUACUGUGCCUCCACAGGCAGUGAAGCCCAUACAUUGAAUUACAUUUGUCUGCCUCAGCCUUCAUGCAUGAUAUAAAUAUUUAUGUCAGCUUUGGUAGAAUGCCUCGCAUAUUUAAAAUGCUAUUUGUUUUACCAUCUGCAAACUUCAUUUCCCAUGAAAACAUUAAGUUAUCGUGCACACAGCACGUGAUCGUAUUGAGCCAGAUAAUUUCUCUGCACCAUCACAGAAGCAAAGCUUUUAAACAUGUUCGUUAUGGUUUCUCUGGCAUCACUGUUGCUAGUUUCAAAAGUCUGUGAGGUGAACGUCACAUUCCUGGCCGGGCAUCAGAGUAAAUGAUAGAUAAUCUGCUUUUCUGCAUAACUCAGCAUCUUGGUGUUUAACAGGCUUGUCAACAGUCUGGGCGUACUAGAGAAAGGGUUUUAUUCUCAGAUCCUAUGCAAUAGGUCAUGUUUUAUGUUGCCAUUCUGUAUUGUCAUUUAGUUGCUGUCUGCCUCGAUGAACCAAAAGGAAGUGGCGAUUCUGUGCUUUUAAAGAACGCUAUCGGGGGAGACCGGGGAGCGAUUCAUCUUCCUAACUGUACAGCUUUGAUGUCAUGGUCUGUAUGAGAAACCGUGUUUCAUUAGGGAGCUUGUGGAGAAAAAAAACAAGUGUCCUUUUUCAAGAGAGAAACAUGGUCAGUGAUUUAGAAAGAACCGAAACACACAAACAGCAUCGACCCAAAAUGAAGCCGUCAUGUUUUAUAACUCUGCGGUGUACCGACAUGACCUUGCACCCGUCAACUCACUGACCUACAUCAAGCUUUGCUAUCUGAUGUUUUAUUACGCAAGCGAAAGUUUAUUUGUCUUUGAAGCUCAUCUUAAAUCUGCUUUAAGGAGAAAACUCUUUAAGUGCAAUAAUGACAUCUAUGUGUUAUGCGCUCAUUCAUUGAAACAGAUUAUUUGCUGCCAUCAGAUUCUUAAAAGAAAUGUUGGCAGUGAAUCUCUGAGGCCGACCACAUGAUGUUUACUAGAUCAAGGAGGCAGAGCAGCCCAGUGAGACGCAGCACAUAUGUGCAUGCCACUAACAAUCUGCAUCGGGGGGGGGGGCUGAGAGUGGACUGCACAAUGGAAAGGGAAAUGAGGCCAAAGCAGAAAUGCUCAAAUGUAUUCAAUUAUGAUCAAAUAAUUGGCAGUGUAUGUUUUUUACAUGGGUAAUAGUAUGGGAGUCCACCAGUGCUAUCAUAUUGAAUAUUUCCUUUUCAUUAAAUUACUUAAAUAAUUUUGGUACGCUAUCAGUAUGGCUUUCUAAAUGGAACUGUUGGUGUGUUCAGACUUAAAUGUCUGGUUUGAUGGAUUGCUGUGACAUUCAUUUUCAGCAGACUCCUUUUGACCUUUGUGAUCCGCUGACUUUAAAAAAAAAUCAUUCAUCGACAUCAGUUCAAAUAUUUCAUCCAUCUAAUAUUUUUGAUUUACUGUCACCUUUUACAUUCAUGACCAAUUAUCUGCCAUACUUCAAACAGUCUUAUUAGCCUCAGCCUCAAGAUAGUGGCUUUGAUAUGAAGUAUGAAUGCCAACCUUACCAUACGCAUGCUAGCUUUUACAUUGUGAGCCGUCUUGCAUCUAUUUUAAAGCUACAUUAAGCUAAUUUUAGAGGUAUAGGGCUCCCACUGUACAUCUGAGCCAGCCAAGUGUUUUUCCUUCUGUUGACAUCCACCUGUCUCUUAUGGUGGACGUGCUAACAGUGCAGGCUGGAAGCACACAGCAAUGUGAACAUGCCCACAUGUUUGUUUAUUUAGUAUCAAAUCAGAGUCUCAGCAUCUAAAGUUUUCAUAAACUAUAAAAUCAUGGGAGGUACUAUAUUCUUAAGUUUAAUUUCAACACAAGGCAAAGUGCUUUACAAAAAUGAAAGACAUUAACGGCAUCCCUCCAUUUUUAAAUAUGAACACAUAAUCUUUCUCUGGUCCUCACAGCUUUCUUUUGUGUCAGCAAUGAUCUAUAGAAACUCAUAAACAUGAUGUCUGCUAAGUUGUGCUUUCUAAAUCAACUCUAGUUUUCUUAUGGGGUUGUAGGCCUCUGUUUUUUGCAUUUCAAGAUACUGUAGUUGUGUUAAAAAUGAGAAACGUAUUUUUUUAAAGAAACUUUAAAUUACAAGCUUGAAACCUAAACUUCUGUGUACAUAAUACUGCAGCGCAUUGAGAUAGGAUGCCUGGUGACUGUUUCCUUUUUGUAGAACCUACCUAUUGUACCUUCUCAGGUGAAUUGGCCUAGCAUAACGCAUGCUCUGAGGAACAGAUCCAAGUUGAUCGCAUGCUAGAUCCUUUCCAUGAACUGCUUCGAAUGCUAUUUUCAUUGGUAUGCAUGAAAUACAUGGAUGUGCUUGCUUCCCCUCCCACUAACGUAGGAAAAUAUAUCAUAAGGUUUCCUUGCAAUAUUUCUACAAUGCACUUUUUAAAUCUGCCACCUUGACAAAAAGUGAUGUAUAUAUUCAGUAUAUAUUCUAUACAAGAGGCUUUUCCUGCAUAGAAUGCGUGAGUGUGCACGGCUCAAGAGUAACAAACUUAAUAUUUACUGAACAUGAUGAUUCUUGAGCUUGAAUAUUGGUACAUUGCUACCACUCGCUUGUCAUAGUUAUAUUCUGUAAAACGUUUUUAAAAGUGGCUUCUACAAGUUACAAAUGUACUGGUAACACUUUGAAUGACCCCAGCCAACAGAGUUUUGUGUCUUUUCUUACCUGCUUUUAUGUAAUACAUUUAUAUUUAUAUAAUAAGAAAUACCUUGUGAAAUUCAUUUUUAAAAAUCCUUAAUGAAUACAGUGUAUGACCAAAAACUCAUCUUAUUAUGAAUUUUUACAAAAACUGAGAGUAGGUCACAUAUUUGUUUCAGUUAUGUGUCUGGUUCACUUGAAGCCACCGCCAAUCAAAUGACACAAAACAAGAUAGAUAUUCAUAUUAAUGAUGUAUUACUUCAACUCCCUACAGUAGGAAAGAAGGAAAUAUGUAAGGCUUUUGCAAAUUAAAUAAUACUUUUAUUUACCUUUUAUUUUUGUAAGACCUGCAGAAACUCAUCAAUGUUGAACACUUUUUCAGAUAAAUAAAGCAUUUCCUUUUGCUUUGUAAGUGUGGUGAAAAUGUGUCAGUCUUCUGGACAAAAUAGGUUUUGAAAGCAUUUAUAAAAUGAUUGAAUGUUAACAGGGACAUUGGUUGGGGUUUCUAAAGGUUAUCAGUGCAUUUCCUGUAAUGUCUUUCCUCACUCCUUUAACUCAACAUGUGUACAAAUGCAGUUUGUUCUAGUUUAUUUCUUGAUGCAUCAAAUAAAAUGAUAUUUUAAUGAAUGCACAUAGAAAUUAUAUACUUUAUAUACAGUAUGGAUUACUUAUUGAAACACCUACUAUAAUGCAUAUUACUAUCCCUGUAUAAUCACAAGAAAGCAUUAGCACCUUUGAAACCUACAAUAUGAAAGUCAACUUUUAAAAUAAACUGUUGUUAUAUA